GGAGUCCCCUCCCUGCACUUGUCCUUUUUCUCUAACCUCAUUUAUAUUGCGCGGCUUUGUUUCAGCUGCUUCCUCCUCCUCUGCCUCUCUCUCUGUAGUGUGUAUAUGAGAAAAAGACUGCUCAGGGGAGGGGGAGAAAGAGAAGAGGGUUGAAGAUCACAUGGUGGCCUUUUUUUGGGUAUGUGACAGCUUCUUCAUUUAGUCUUUUAGUGCUUCCUUUUAUCUCCUCCUCAUGAAACCCCUUUCAAAACCUCAAAUCGCCUCAUCAGCUGCAGAGUUCCUUCUCAUACUAGCUCCUUUCUUCAUCCUCUCGCCUUUGCCCCAUAUAAUGCUCUGAUCCUUGUUCCAGCCUCCUCCCUCCUUCAAACUACACGGUGUGGUACUGCUGGUAAUACAUACACCUCUCUCUCUCUCUCCUCCUACCAACCUCCCAUAGUUGUGCAAGAAUCACUAACGCACGCCAUGGAGAUUGCCAUGGUCUGCACAAGAGUUAACCUGCUCAUCCUCAUCCUCUCUCUCUGCUCGCCAUACAAGUUCAUUCAGAGCCCCAUGGACUUUGGUCCUUUGAACCUCCUCCCCACCACCACCACUGCAUCCAGUGAUUUUGGUAGGAUCCUCUUCCACUCCCCAUCUGCAGUGUUGAAGCCCCAGUCUCCAAGGGACAUAUCCCUGCUUCUCAGCUUCCUCUCUGCCUCAUCUCUAAGCAAGGUGACAGUAGCAGCCAGGGGUGCGGGUCACUCCAUUCAUGGCCAGGCCCAGGCCCUUGAUGGCAUUGUGGUGGAGAUGUGUUCCUUGCCUUCUGAGAUAGAGUUCCACGAAGGAGGAGGAGGAGAUAUUUCUUAUGCUGAUGUGAGUGGUGGAGCUAUGUGGAUAGAGCUCCUGGAGCAGAGCUUGAAGCUUGGCCUGGCUCCAAGGUCUUGGACUGAUUACCUCUAUCUCACCAUUGGCGGAACUCUGUCCAAUGCCGGCAUCAGUGGACAGACAUUCAAGCAUGGGCCUCAGAUUAGCAAUGUUCUACAGCUGGAGGUAGUCACAGGCAGGGGGGAGAUUGUGACAUGCUCACCCACUAAGGAUGCAGAGCUAUUUAAUGCUGUUCUGGGAGGCCUUGGCCAGUUUGGCAUCAUAACUAGGGCAAGGAUCCUGCUCCAGGAAGCUCCGCAGAAAGUGAAGUGGGUGAGAGCCUUCUAUGAUGAUUUCGACAUCUUCACCGAAGACCAGGAGUUGCUGGUAUCAAUGCCGGAUUUGGUGGACUAUGUUGAAGGUUUCAUCGUCUUGAAUGAACAAUCCCUUCGCAGCUCCUCCAUCGCCUUCCCUGCAAAUAUGGACUUCAACCCAGAUUUUGGCACCAAUAGCUGGCCUAAGAUCUACUACUGCAUAGAGUUUGCAGUUCAUGAUUACCAGCAUGACAACACCAAUGUGGAACAGGUCGUGGAAGUGAUCUCAAGGCAGAUGAGCCACAUAGCAUCCCACUUGUAUAGUGUGGAGGUGUCCUACUUUGAUUUCCUCAACAGGGUCAGGAUGGAGGAGAUGAGCCUGAGGAACAGUGGGCUCUGGGAUGUGCACCACCCAUGGCUCAACAUGUUUGUGCCAAAGGCUGGUAUCCAAGACCUGAGGGACCUUCUCAUGGACAACAUCUCACCGGAUAACUUUGAAGGCCUCAUCCUCAUCUACCCACUCCUCAGAGACAAGUGGGGCACCAACACAUCGGUUGUGCUACCAGAAUCCGGGUCGGACCAGGUAAUGUACGUGGUUGGCAUUCUUCGAUCCGCAAACCCUGACGAAGGAUGUUCCCACCACUGCCUCCAAGAGCUUCUACGCCAUCACCGCCAUGUAGCUAACACCGCUGGAGCACGCAUUGGAGCAAAACAGUACCUGGCUCACCAUCCAACUCCGGCUGGCUGGCACCGGCACUUUGGUCGGCGGUGGGAGCUGUUCGCGGACCGCAAAACCCGGUUCGACCCGCUAGCCAUCCUCGGGCCAGGCCAAGGCAUAUUCCCCAAGGGAAGCGAUGCAGUGUAUGCAAGCUGACAGCAGAAAUUGCUGCGGUAAAAUAAGAAAUAUAGAUAGGUGACUAAGGUGGGGUCUUUUUUCCUUUUUCUCGUAGUUUGUUUCGGGCCGAUAGUUUCCUUGGCGGUUUUGAGGCGUCGGCUUUGAUUAUCAUGGUGGUGGAUGUUGGGUGAACCUGGUGGUGGAGUGCCACUGGGAAUUUUGGAACUCUGUACAGGCUGAGGAAGCACGGCUCUAGGGAUAGAGAUAGUGAUUUCUAUUCGAUCAGUAAUCCAUAUUCGAUGUUGCCAUUAGAAUUGUUGCUAUUGUUGUCACUUUCACUCCCACGAGGGUGAAAUUCUUUGCGCUCGACUCCUUCA